AUGUUCAAAUUUCAAGGUAAAAGAUUUAUAUACUGGAAUGGGACAGAGCCAAGGCUGUGUUUGGCAGAAAUGGAAUUGAUAAAAGAGCUAUUGGGAAAAAACAGCAGUGUUUGUGGGAAAUCAUGGUUGCAAAGACAAGGAACCAAACACUUCAUAGGGAAAGGACUAUUAAUGGCCAAUGGGGAAAAAUGGUAUCACCAACGUCACAUCCUUGCCCCUGCCUUUAUGGGCCAAAAACUCAAGAGCUAUGCGGGGUACAUGGUGGAAUGCACUAAGAACAUGAUCCAAUCACUCCAGACCGAGCUAAACUCGGGCCGAACUGAGUUCGAGAUUGCCGAGUACAUGAAGCAACUCACCGCAGAUAUCAUCUCUCGGACGGAGUUCGAUAGUAACUACGACAAAGGGAAGCAAAUCUUUCAUUUACUCACUCUUCUUCAGCGCCUUUGCGCCCAAGCCAGCCGCCACCUUUGCCUCCCAGGCAGUCGAUUCUUCCCAAGCCAAUACAACAGAGAAAUAAAGUCACUAAAAAUGGAGGUGGAGAGGCUGCUGAUGGAGAUCAUUGAGAGCAGAAAAGAUGGUGUGGAGAUUGGAAGAAGCAGUUGCUAUGGAAAUGAUUUGUUGGGAAUGCUAUUGAAUGAGAUGCAGAGGCCUAAGAGAGAAGAUGGAUUAAGCUUGAACUUGCAGCUGAUAAUGGAUGAAUGCAAAACUUUCUUCUUUGCUGGCCAUGAAACCACUGCCCUUUUGCUCACUUGGACCAUCAUGUUGUUGGCCACUAACCCUAAUUGGCAACACAAGCUUCGUGCUCAAAUCAACCAAGUUUGUAAUGGUGCAACUCCCACUCUUGACGAUCUCUCUCAACUCACUUUGCUAAACAUGGUGAUAAACGAAUCCUUGAGACUUUACCCACCGGCCACGGUGCUUCCGAGAAUGGCGUUCGAAGACAUAAAGCUAGGAGAUUUGGAGAUCCCGAAAGGGCUAUCGAUAUGGAUCCCGGUGCUUGCGAUCCAUCACAGCGAAGAGUUGUGGGGAAAAGAUGCAAACGAGUUCAACCCCGAAAGAUUCGCAUUGAAAUCAUCGAGUGCGGGACGAUUCAUUCCAUUUGCAGCUGGACCAAGAAACUGCAUUGGCCAAGCUUUUGCAAUGAUGGAAGCUAAGAUCAUCUUGGCCAUGUUCCUCUCAAAGUUUAGCUUCACUAUUUCAGAUACAUAUCGCCAUGCUCCUGUUAUUGUUCUUACCAUACAGCCUAAGUAUGGAGUUCAAGUUUGUUUGACGCCAUUGAAUUCUUGAACGCCCUUUUUUGUAUUCUCUUCCAUUAAUACAAUCAAUACAUACAU